AUGGGUGGCAUUCUACACCUCGUUGAGGACCGGCCAACUCCUCCCUCGGUCUACAAUUGGCGAGUCUACGUGCUCGCUCUCAUUGCAUCAUGUGGUUCCAAUAUGAUCGGUUAUACGAGUGCUUUCAUCGGUACCACUGUCACACUUACAUCCUUCAAGGAUGAAUUUGGUAUGGAAAAUAUGUCCAAGGCAGGCAGGGACCUGAUCAGUGAAAACAUUGUCUCCCUCUUCAUCGCCGGGGCUUUCUUCGGUGCUCUCUUCACAUACGGACUUAGCCACUGGAUCGGACGCAAGUGGUGUCUGGCCAUUUCUUCCGCAUUGUUCUCUUUGGGUGCUGGCCUUCAGUGCGGUGCCAACUCUGCUCGUGGUCUCGGUAUCCUGUAUGCUGGCCGUGUCUUGUCUGGUCUGGGUACGGGUAUUGCGUCCAACAUCAUUCCCAUCUAUCUGUCUGAGCUGGCUCCCCCGGCUAUUCGAGGCCGUCUCGUUGGUCUCUAUGAACUGGGAUGGCAGAUUGGUGGUUUGGUUGGCUUCUGGAUUAACUAUGGUGUUGAGCAACAUUUGGCCCCAAGCCAUCAGCAGUGGAUCAUUCCAUUUGCCAUUCAGCUCAUUCCUGCUGGCAUGCUGUUCAUCGGUUCGCUGUGGAUUCGGGAAUCCCCCCGUUGGCUCUUCCUCCACGACCGCCGCAAGCAAGCAGUGGAAAAUCUCUGCUGGAUCCGCCAGCUUACUGCGUCUGAUCUCUAUAUCACUGAAGAGAUUGCCGCCAUUGACCAAGCACACGAGGAGCAAAAGGCUAUCGUCGGCCUCGGCUUCUGGAAGCCUUUCCAGGCCCUUAGCAAGCGUCCCAACAUGAUGUGGCGCUUGUUCCUGGGAUGUAUGCUCUUCUUCUGGCAAAAUGGCUCGGGAAUUAACGCUAUCAACUAUUAUUCGCCUACAAUUUUCUCGAGCAUUGGUGUUGCCAGUGACACCGUUAGCAUUAUGACGGGUAUUUUCGGAGUUGUCAAGGCGGCCAUGACCUUCGUCUGGCUACUCUUCCUGGUUGAUCAACUGGGAAGACGUAAGCUUCUUCUUAUUGGUGCCGUUACUGGAUCUGUCUGUAUGUGGGUUAUUGGUGCCUACAUCUAUAUCGUCGAGCCAGCCGAUCACCCUACUAGCACCUUGAACGGUGGUGGUAUCGCCGCUAUCGUCUUCUUCUACCUGUGGACCGCGGUCUAUACUCCUACAUGGAACGGUACCCCUUGGGUCAUCAACUCUGAAUUCUUCGACCCCAACUUCCGAUCACUGGCUCAGGCCUGCACGACUGCCAGCAACUGGCUCUUCAACUUCCUCGUCUCGCGCUUCACCGAACAGAUGUUCGCGACCAUGGGAUACGGUGUCUACUUCUUCUUCGCCUCCCUGUCCUUCCUCGCAUUCUUCUUUGCCUUCUUCCUCAUCCCUGAGACCAGUGGUAUCCCUCUGGAGAAGGUCGAGCGCCUGUUCAAGAUCAAGCCUAUCUGGAACGCGAACAAGAAGCUGAAGGCCGAGCUGGCUGCAGAAGACGAGCAGUUCCGAUUCGAUGUCAAAGAUGGUGCUCUUCACCAAGAGAAUCAAGAUUCAUCGGACGAGCCUUGA